AUGCUUAUAUUCUUUUUUAUAGGCAAUAUACCAUUUGAACCAGAUGUAAGCUUAGGAUCUUGGCAAAGAGCCGAAGAUUAUGCGAAGAGCAUUAUGGAGAAUUUGCAACACUGGGUUACCGGUUGGAUAGACUGGAACAUGGCGUUGGAUUUAGUAGGCGGUCCUUCCAAAUACAAUUCCAAUGCCGAUUCUCCAAUUAUUGUGAAUAAAACUGCUGGAGAAUUUUAUAAGCAGCCCACCUUUUAUGCUAUGGGUCAUUUUUCAAAAUUUGUGCCUCCAGGAUCCAAGGUUAUUGAAAUAUCUCAAUACGACUUGGCUAAAACAACUGUAGCGUUUAGAAGACCGGACGGUGGAAUUGCAAUACUAAUAGCUAAUACAAAAGAUUAUGAUAUGGAUGUAGCUAUAAUUGACAGAAAUAAGAACAGAGGACAAAUAAAUAUUCAUCUAACAAGACAUUCCUUAUCCUCCAUAGUUUACUGGUAA